AUGAAUUCACUUUGUAAUACCACAGACAAAAAAUUAUAUCAUAGAGGACAAAUUGAUGUAAUAGAUAUGCCAGUACAGUUAAAUUGUAAUUACAAGUAUUUUUUUGUUUAUGAAGAUCAAAUAUCCAGGUUUGUUGUGUUGAAAGGUUUACAUGAAAACACAGCAAAUGAGGUAGCUGUAAAACUGUUAGACAUAUUGACUAUUAUUGGAGCACCACAGGUUUUACAAAGCAGUAAUGGGCGCAAAUUUGCAGAAGAAGUUGUGCAAGAGUUACGUCUUUUAUGGAAAGAUUUCAUAAUACUUCAUGGAGAAAUUACUGAAAUUAAUAAACAAAAUAGAGAUUUCAAAAACUUACUUGAAUGUUGGAUAGCGGAAAACCCAACAAAAACAUGGUAUGAAGCUUUGAAACAUAUACAGAUAUUUCAAAAUUCUACAUUUCGUUGUGAAAAUGGAAAAAUUCCUUAUGACAUAUUAUUUGGGAAAAAUGUACAUGAAGAGUUUCAGAAACAAACUAAUAGAAUAAAUUUAAAAAAUAAUAUAUGGACUGAAGAAGAAUGGAUUGAUCUCUUAUCUGACAAACAAGAUAGUGUUAAAAAAGAAGGUAGACAACAGCUUAUAGAAGUCCCAACUUUUGCAAGCAUUAGAGAUGUAGAUUGUUCAAAAGAUUGUGAAAGUGAAGACUCUUGCACUGAGACUAGAGACGAUCUUCGUAGGGAUACUCCUGGCUUUAAUUUUGUAAAUGUUAAAAGUGAACCUUUAAAUAUGCAUAUGGAAGAUUCAGUAUUUGAGGAUGAAUCAGGUAUAGAUGAUAAAAUAUCAAACUUGGAAAAUCAAAUUAAUUUAAAAUGUAAAAUCUGUCAGAAACAAUACAUGAAACCAGGACAUUUAAAAAAUCAUAUGAGAACGCAUAUAAAAGGGAAAAAAUUUGAAUGUAAAUUAUGUAACAAAAUGUUUCACGUUUUGAGCUUAUAUGAAAAACAUAUGCGGCAAUCUCAUAGACAAAAUAAAUUAUCCAGUUUCAUCAGAAGUAGGAGAAGUAAAGAUUCACAAAAUGAUACAAUGUCAGAUGUGAAAUCAUCUAACUUAAGAAGUUUCUCAGAUUCAAAUGUCAAUAAAACGCAAUCCAAUGAAACAAAUGACUGUCAAAAGGCAACAAAAAGUUUACAUCUUCUUAAGGAAAAGAAAAAGAUAGCAGACAAUCGUUCAAUGAAAAUAAAUGGAGAUCCAACUCUGGAAUGUUCAUAUUGUAAUCAAAAGUUUAAUUUUCCUAGUGUAUUAAAAAGGCAUAUGCGAUCUCAUACGAAUGAAAGACCCUAUAUUUGUGAAAUUUGUAAUAAGAGCUUUAAACAAUUAGGUCAUCUUAGUCAACAUUCAUUAACACACAAGGAUUACCGUUCUUUCCAUUGUGCAGUUUGUGGUGUGAAAUUUGAAUCUUUGGGUUCGCUAAAAAUUCAUGCUCAGUCACAUAAGGAGGAUUAUAUUUCGAAAACUAAAGAGGCUUUUCGUUUAUUUGAAUGUGAUAAUUGUAAAAAAGUGUUUACUACUAAAAGCGUUUUGGAACGGCAUAUACUCACUCAUUCUCAUGAACGUCAAUUCCCAUGUAUAAUUUGUGGAAAAAGAUUCAAACAGGCAGGACACGUAAAGUCUCAUAUGCUAGUGCAUACAGGUGAACGAAAAUUUGAAUGUUCGGUUUGCAAAAAAAGAUUCAGUCUUUCAAAUUCUCUAAAGAAACACAUGUACGUGCACAAUGGAGAAAAGCCAUAUCAAUGUGACGUAUGCGGUGCAAGAUUUCUUGAAAAAAGAAAUUUAAACGGACACUUAAUGACCCAUACAAACGAGCGUCCAUUCCGCUGCAAGAUUUGCGGAAAACGCUACACUUUGGCGGAUACUUUGCGUCGACAUGUAAGUGCUGCGCACGAAGAUGGACGCACAUAUCAAUGUGAGAUUUGUGCGAAAAUGUUCAAACAGCUUGCCCAUUUAUCCGUUCACAAGAAAGUACAUAACGACGAACGACCAUUCCAGUGUCAUUUAUGCGAAAAGAAUUUUAAGCAUAAAAAUGUGCUUAAAUCUCACUUAGCUAUACAUGCAAAUGUGAGACCAUUUGAAUGUGAUGUAUGCAAAGCUACAUUUGUUAGAAAGACAAAUUUACAAACACAUAUUGCAUCAGCUCAUAUGAAUGAAAGACCAUAUGUUUGUACUAUUUGUGGAAAACGAUUUAAACAAAUUAGUCACUUAAAUGGUCAUGUAGUAGUACAUAGCAAUUUAAUGCCUUAUCAGUGUGAUUUCUGUGAUCGUCGAUGUAACAGACUCGAUAAUUUGAAGAAACACAUGCGUCUUCAUACGAAAAAUAAAGAAUAA